AUGAAGGCAUAUCAAAAACGUUUUUUGUAUCGAGAUCAACUUUACAACACGGACUUAAAAAUCCUCACCGAAAAAAUAACACGUGGACCAGCUCCAGUAUUAUCUGAGGUAGAAGAAAAUGUAUUAGAAAGAUGAAUACUGGAAAGAAGAAGAAAAGGAUUUCCUCGAAGAAAAGAUAAUCUUUUAGUUAGUGUAAAACAAUAUCUUGACAAAAAUGAGCAAACUAAUAUUUUUAAAAAUAACUGCCUUGAUAAUUUUGUUAUGUUAAAUAAUUGUUUAUAUUAUUAUAACCAUUUAAUAGUCUAUCUAUGGGUAUUGGAUAGGAAAAAUCGUUUAUGAGGCGUCAUCUAAAUAUAUCUUUCAGAACAAGUGAGCAUGUGGCAGCUGCAAGUGCCUGUAUAAGUGAACAGGAUAUAAGAAAAUGGUUUGAUGGUAUUCAACAGUAUUUAAAAUAAAAAGACUUGUUUGAUAUAUUGUGUGAUCUUAAAAGAAUUUUUAAUAGUGAUGAAACUGGGUUUUCCUUGUGUCCUAAAACAAAAGCAGUUUUAGCUCCCAAGGGUCAGUCUGAAGUCUGAAGAAGUCUUGAAGAAUGAAGUCAAUGUCGGAAAUGCGAAAGAAAAUUUGUAUGUAGUGCAGCUGGAGUAAUGUGUUGUCACCCGAUGGUUGUGUACAAUUACAAAAGAAUUCCUCAAAAUAUUUUGAGCUUAGUGCCGACUAACUGGGGAAUUGGUCUGUCUGAUAGUGAUUGGAUGAAACCUGAAACGUUUUAUGAGUUUAUUACAAAUAUUUGUCAUCCUUUUUUAUUUGAAAAUAACAUAAAACUACAUGUACUUCAUCUAACAUAUCAACCCAGUACACUUUGUUCUGACUUAAAAUAAUUGUGAUUGUUCUAUACCCUAAUUCGACUCGAAAAUAUUCUAAUAACAACCAGCCAACAUAACUGAUUUUCGGUCACUCAAAGAAGGUUGGAAAAGAGCAGUAUUUGAGGGGAGGUUAGAACAAAAUUGUUCAAUGGCUGCUCCUAUAACCAAAGUAGAUUUUGCUCAAAUUUUACAAAAAAUAAUAGAAGAAAUCAUAACACCAGACAUUAUUAAAAAUGAAAUAAGAGGUUGCGUUUUAUAUCUAUGGAAUCCAAAUAAUAUUAAUUUUGAUAAAUGUCUUGGCACAAAUCUAGUAGCUGCAGUUGAUGAGCAUUGUUUGACUGAAAAUAAUUUGAACUUUGAUCAAUUUUGUGAUAUUGUUGGUCUAGCAAUUGUACCGAAAUGUAUUACUGUUAACCAUUUUGUAGAAAUUACACCUAUAUCUAAAGAAUUGCAAGCAUUAUUAAAUGUUUACAAUUUAUUAAAUGAAAAGUCGAAUAAUGAAGGUGAAAUGUGUAUUCAACAUCAAGAUGAUAUUAUAAUUGAUAGUAUAAUUCUAGAAGACAACUUUCAGGAUAGUAAUAUUUGUUGUGUAGAUCAAAAUUAUAUUUAUGUUGAACAGAGUACUACUGCAGUUAUUACACCUGAAAAUAAUAAUAUUGAUACUUCAAUUACAACUGAUAAAAAUGUAUUACAAGGAUCCGAAGGAAAAAUAAUCACAUGUGUUAAAAAAUAAACUAUUUCAGGUGUCUCCACUUGAUAUUUAUUUAAUAUGGCCAAUAACUCCUGAACGUAAGGAUAAGUGAAAUACUGAGAGAGUUCCAUUUGUUAUUUCUUCUGAAAAGUGGUAAAGCAUGUAUGAAACAAAAAAAAAAAAAAAAAAAAAAAAAACCAAAAAGAAACAUUAUGGAAAAAAAAAUAAAACAAGAAAAAACUGAAGAACUAAAAAUAUUUCAACAAAACGAUAUGUAGUCAGAAAUAAUUUUAAACCAUUGGCUUCAAAAAAAAAAAAAACUAACUGACACUAGUGGACUUUUGAAACAAUUUCCUGAUGUUUUGACUCCAAACGCAAAUGAAUGUAGUAACGAGUAUAGUUCUUCUAUUAUUUAUAAAAAAUACAAGACUGUGUUUUGGAUGUAGAUAUAGUUUAAAUGAUAUUCAAAAUGGUUUGACUUGUAAGUUUUGUUCAUACAUUUACCAUAUAAAAUGUUCAGAUAAAAAUUAAUGCAGUGAUGAAGGAUCAGGGGAAUCAAUUUUAUUUAUUUGUAACUCCUGCCAAAAAAAAU